CAUAUCUUCGUUCAGACGUCGUAAAGUAGAUAAAUUCGAUACGAUUAAACACACAUAUACGUAUACUUCCAAAUCUGAAGAGCAAGAUCAAAUGUUGUUCUUGUAACUCGCCCCAGCUCAGGCAGGGUUGAGCUAAUUGUAGCCUAAUCCUGCCCCGGGGCGUUUGGAGAGCCUUGAGCAAGAAUUCUUGUUCGUCUGCCCUCUGUUAUUCGGGCUGGAACGCUGUGCCUUCAACGCACUCUCACGCUUCGACAAAAACAUAGGCAAGAAAGAAAAAAGCGAGCCGACGACACGCCGCGAUCGAUCUCAUGUUUUAAAGAGGGCUGAAGAUACAUUUACAGCUAUGUCUUCCAAGGAGGGAAGGAGUAUGUCUCGGCUCUCUUUGACCCGGUCCCCCGUGUCUCCUUUGGCGACUCAGGGAAUCCCGCUGCCGGCUCAGCUGACCAAAUCCAACGCUCCGGUCCACAUUGACGUAGGUGGGCACAUGUACACCAGCAGUCUGUCCACCCUCACCAAAUACCCCGACUCGAGAAUCAGUCGUCUGUUCAACGGCACUGAACCGAUCGUUUUGGACAGCCUCAAGCAACACUAUUUCAUCGACAGAGACGGAGAGAUAUUCCGUUACAUCCUGAGCUACCUGAGAACAGGCAAACUUCUCCUCCCCGAUGACUUCAAGGAGUUCCAGCUGUUGUACGAGGAGGCUCGGUACUACCAGCUGACACCUAUGGUUAAAGAGCUGGACCGCUGGAAACAGGACCGGGAGCAGCGGCGGACGGCUCAACCCUGCGAAUGCCUGGUGGUGCGGGUGACCCCUGACCUGGGCGAGAGGAUUGCCAUCAGUGGGGACAAGGCCCUCAUCGAAGAGAUUUUCCCAGAGACAGGGGACGUCAUGUGUAAUUCCGUCAACGCCGGCUGGAACCAGGACCCAACCCAUGUCAUCCGGUUUCCGCUGAAUGGCUACUGCAGGCUCAACUCUGUGCAGGUCCUGGAAAGGCUCUUCCAAAAAGGGUUCAGCAUGGUAGGGUCAUGCGGCGGGGGCGUGGACUCCUCCCAGUUCAGUGAAUACAUCCUGAGUCGAGAGGACAGACGGUGUCAGAGCAGCCACACGCCCAUCAGGAUAAAACAGGAGCCUCUAGACUAGCCGGCUCUUACACCAACCACGGACACCUCAAUCUGCUUUUGAAGAAAAAACGCCAACGGAUAAAUACGAGACAUUAAUUUGCGAGUCUUCCACGUGACUCCUGAACUCAAGACUGAAAUGUUACGAGUAUACAAAUAUACGAGUAAAGGAAUCAUUUCGUCGACGUCCCUCUUCUUAAAGACUCUCGCUUAACAAACGAAAGCGAGGAUUUCAGCCACUUGAGUUGAAUGUAGACAUGCCACUCUAAAUUUCUAUAGUGCACAUUUUGGUGUAGUUGACAAACGUGAGGUAAUUUUGCCACCACAUCUGUGCAACCCAAACAACUAGAUCGCUUCCAAAUGAAGCAGUCAGACAUCCGACCUCACGGGCGAAAUUAACUGCACGAAAUACAAAGUCUGUCCUGUGCUCAAGAUCCAUUUUUAAUCUUGAUAUCUAAUGUUCUCAUUUUCCAGUCUCAUCUAUGUAAAUCAGAUCUUUUAUGACCUACAGGUUUAUUGCCGUUGUUUGGCUACAUGAAGGAUUGGUGCACAUUUCUCAGAAGUCGUUCGGUUGUGGAGCAUCUCUGUUCUGGCUGUGUCGAUGCUUUGACUAGAGGCUACGCGGCUAAAGCAGACAGCCUGUUAAUGCAUUCAGAGCCGGGCAGGGAGGUUUUUUGUUCAAGCAUGUCCGAAGGGGAACCUGGACUCAUUUGCGAGAGCUUUUCUGAUGGCAUCGCUAAAUCCACUACCCAAUAGUACAUGAAACAACAUUCACUCUUUCUGCAGGGAGGCUGUUUUCUUCGUCUUCAAAAAAAAGCUCUGAACGUACCAAAACGGUCGUUUAUUCUUGCAUAUAGCAACAUACGACUUCCUAACAUAUUGAUUGCUCAAAUAGCCGAUGAAAAAGUUAAGCAAAGAUCUCUUGUAGAUAUAAAUGCACUUUGCAUCCAAAACAACGUUUUGUUUGAAGGCACAUUUUUUGGACGGAGGAAAACUAGAUUAGGGAGACGGCUAAUGAAUGCAAUGCUCCAGGGCUCUUUGCACUGUAUAUCAGAGGCGCUGGUCCGACCGCCUGAAGAGAACUGGAGGAUUGCUGCGAGUUUGAGCUCAGAUAUGCUGGAGACUGAUGAGUUAUGGGUCAGAGAGAAGGCAGGUCACUUUCCCACAAUCCCUUUUACUCACGCUAGCCCCCAUCAGAGACGCAGAGAGAACAUGGCGAGUGAACGGGCUUGAAGGUUAAUUCGGGAGCUGGUAAACAGACUGAAAUGCGUAUUGUGUUGUAAAGUGAGAUCUUUAAUAGGGUGUUUUUUAAGACCUUUGCCUCAACAUUUCAAAACGUUGAAUUGCGGUGCGUUGUUUUAACCAGGCAGCAUCUUUUUACGCUAUCUAAUUCACAUUUUUAUUCUUGAUCUGCCACACGUUGUAUAUAUUGGCUCACGGCAGCUCAUUGCGGUGCAGAGCAAGUUGUAAUUUUUAGUGUUCACGUCAGAGACAAGAUUAUAAAACAAUUAACCCUUUAAGGGAUAGUUCAUCCCAAAUUAAAAUCAUCUGUCAUCCUUUACUCGCCCGUAAAUUGUUCAAAAACCGUUUCAAUUUCUUUGCUUUGUUGAACACAAUGAAUGAUAGCAACUGAGAUUUCUGGGGCACCAUUGAAUCCCAUUGUAGAAAAGAAUAUUGCCUUUUUUUUCUCUUGAACACAAAAGAAAAUAUUUGGAAGAAUUUAGGAAAACAAACAUUUGUCCUACUAUCCCAGUCAAUGAUCUCUUUUUUGAUUUUUUUCCAAAAAUCAUUUUUGUGUUCAGCAGGACAAAGAAAUGAAUAUAGGUUUGGAACAACUUGAGGGUGAGUUAUCGAUGUCAAAACGUUCAUUUCUUGGGGUGAAGUAUACCUUUAAGGACACAUCAUGGAAACCGCGAAAUGGGUCGCUGUAUCCGAUGCAGAGAGGGAAUCAGGUCAGCCAUUACAUAAAUCUUAAUUUAAUACUGCGCUAAUGGAUGUUGUGUCAAGAUGUAUAUUGCAGUACGGUCCAAAUGUAUAUUAUUUAAAUAAAAACAUUUUUUGUAAUGGAUUAUUAUCGAUAUAAAUCAUAGUGGUAUGUCAGGCAUGUGUUUAUUUGAAUUGUCACAUUCUUUUUGUAAUUGGUGUGAUAAACAACUUUUAAUAAAUUGUUGGAUUUCUUCCCUAUUUUAAACCA